UUUAUCUUCAGGGGACCGUUGCCCGAUCAUGAAUUGGAUCCGGACUCGUGGCAAACCCACUGGGGAACCUCGCUGGUCUCGGACUGGGACAUAAUCUACGGGAUCGUGAACUUUGAGAAGGAAACCCCUUCGUCCACAUCGUCCUCGAACUUCUCCUCCAAUGGCUAUGCUCACUCCAAAACUCGUUUCUGGCCCAAAACCAAAGAGCCGCCUCAAGACGUCUACCCGAUCGGACGCUUGAAUAUUCAGGACUUGAUCGAGGCGGCCAGGCAAAUAAUAGAGACGGAUCCGUUGGUAAACAAGUCACUGGUCGCCAUCUGGGGCUGGGGAAAAGGUGGUUUCAUCGCACUGCAAACCCUGGCUCGACUUCCGCUGAGUUUGGUCGGCUGUGGAAUUGCAGUCGCACCCGUGACCAGCUGGGUGGAUUUCAAUGCAUUCGAAGCUGAGAGCUAUUGGGGAACACUGGGAAGCAACACGAGGACAAUAUACAAAGACAUGAGCUUGGAGCCUCUGGCGGCUCAAUUCCGCACGAAGGAAUUGUAUCUUCUGCACGGCACGAUGGAUGCCACUGUUCCUUUGGAGCAGACAAUGUUGUUUUCUAAGCAGCUGAUUGCCAAUCACGCAUUUUUUCAUCAGCAGAUUUAUGCUGGCGAGGAUCAUGAUAUGCGUGGCGUAAGAAAUCAUCUUUUCCGAUCCAUGGAAACAUUCCUCGAAGAUUAUUGCAACUUCAAACGUCGAAGUCCGUUCGGAGGUUCGAGCCACCGGAAGAAGUCCUGGAACGCGAAUCCGGCCACCAAGUUUGAAGGCUUUGAAAAUAGCCGCCGGUGAAGCCGAAGAAAAAAAAAAAAACAAGAAGAAACAAUCUCUUUUUGUCUUAAAAAAAGUGUGAAACUUUCGGGAACGAAACUUCUGUUACAUUUUCUGUUUAUUUUGUUUUUUAUUUGUUUUCGUAAAUGCGAAGGAAAGCAGUUUUUCUCCUGUCACAUGCCCUCCUUUGUUCGGGGAUGACACUCGUGUUAACGUCGCAUAUGGUGAUUGCUGUGCUCGAGUUGCCAACGAAGUACGUGAACCGUUUCCGAUGAUGGCGAGGACGAUGACUGAGUUGACUCAGAGAAACUUUAAAUAUGUUCUUUUUAGCUUUUGAUGUGGCGCCUGGGAAUUCGAUGUGAUUUUUAGAGGUCUAUAUCGUCUGCAAAAAUUUCCCCAUCGAAAUUUCAUUUCACGAGCUGCUAGACGACCCAGAAAAGCGUGCUUAUGAAGGAAACUCUGUCAAAUUAAAGUGGCAUAAUUGAAAAAGCGGGAGGAAAUCCUGGCAAAUUGAAGUGUCUGGCCACUAGGGGAAGUCAAGUGAAGUGAAUCGUUCUGUUAUUUCUUUGAAAAUCCCAGUCAUUCCUUAUUGUGUAAAACUGUAAAAUAAAAGACGAUAAUCUUUCUAUGACGCAAUAAAUUCCUCAUCGCUCACAUUUCGUUAAAUAAAAAUCCAUGUUGCGAUGAUACCACUGACAUCCUCCUAUUUUCACGGCAUUAUCUUCGAGUCCUUCAUAAAAUAGCUCCAAGAAGUGAUGUAUUUUUUCACGCUCUUCUUCUGUAUCAUGCAGGAAAUGAACUCUCUGAUGACUGGAAUUUUUCCAUCCCCGCACGACAUUGUUCUAGUUUUCUUUAAAUAAAUUCAAAAGUAUGUGCAAUUCGUAAUCAUUUGAAAUCUUCGCAUUAUUGCGAGUCUAAAAGGUAGCGCGUAAACCAGCAAGCAUAUUUUCGAAAAAUAUGCAUAGAAUUCAAAGAUUUAUUUGCUUGGCAAACGUGUGCCACGUUUUUAUCCCGAAAUGAAGACGCCAUAUAAUUUUGCUUCAUCCACACGGAUUGUGCUGAAAUUUCGCGCAAAUUAUAGCUUCGCGAACCCCGUUUUAGACGUACAAUUUUUAAAAGACGAUUACGGAUUGUUGAUCUCAUGAUGCGUCGGUACUCGAAUAGUAAACGCUUCCAAAAUUGUUUCGUACGGUGUUUUGUCGGCGUAUCUGCUAUUGAUGAAUACGUUGCAAGUUACCUUCCAGUGAUCAGUAUUGAUUGUAUUCUUUGUAUGAAGCUAGUCGAAACGGACGCGGAAGAAGGGAAACUUUGUGGAAGAUGGGUUGGAAAUGAAGUUUGAUGGCUUGUAUA